UUUCUCCCUAUUCAACCAUCACGUAUUUUCACAUCUAUGGAGGUUUUGAGGUACUAAUUUUGCUUUAUUGAAUCUUUGGGUGCAGCUAAGCUUGUUAUAUAAACUGGAUGAAAAAAUGCAUAAUCUUCGUAUCCUGAUAUCCCGUCUUUCUUCCCCGAAGAAAUCCAUGUCCCCUCAAAUCGAACCAUUUCGAGGAUUGGCUUCACGCGCGUUUUGUUCAAAAUCCGAUGAUUCCGAUGAUCUGGGUUGGGGCACUGCUUCCUCGUGGUCCAGUCGCUUGACCAAGGACCAUUUUGAUGGAACCAUGAGUCCCCAAGAGAGUAGUGGCGAUUCCGAGCAAUCCGCAACAGUUUCGGAUCUUGAGAAUGUAUACGGUGCUGUGAAACAGUUGAAUGAGGAAAACAGGACGUUUAAGCGGUUCGUCGAUGGAUGGGAUCAGCGAUUCCUCGAAACGAGCGUUUUGUUGAAGCAAGUGCUUGAGCCUGGUGCUAGAGGGGCUUAUCUUAAGAACUCUGAAAAGGAUGAAAUGUACCGCUUGCAUAAGGAGAAUCCCGAGGUUUAUACUGUUGAGAAAUUGGCUAAGGAUUAUAGGAUUAUGCGACAGAGAGUGGAAGCUAUUCUUUGGCUUAAGAAAGAUGAGGAGGAAAUGGAGAAGAGAAAUGCCCUUCCUCUUGAUGACUCUGUCGAGGUGCUUCUUGACAGUUGCCCUGAACUUUUAAAUGCCCAUGACCGGGAAUUCCACGUAGCAACCCUUCGAUACAAACCAGAGUACAAGGUUAUGCCCGAGGGUUGGGAUGGCACCACCAAGGAUCCGGAUGAAUAUCAUUAUGAGAUCUCCAAGAAAGAGGAUGAUAUGCUUUAUGAAGAAUUUGUUCAGAGGUUUAACUUCAAUAAAAUGAAGAUUGCUGGUCAAGUAAAGCGACACAGGUAUAGUCGGAGGCGCCCCACUGAAGGUUGGAACUUCACAGUGGAGAAAAUGGGUGCAAAAGGAAAGCGUGGAGGUGGCGGAGGGUGGAAGUUUGUAAGUUUACCGGAUGGGUCAAGUCGACCACUCAAUGAGAUGGAGAAAAUGUACGUAAGACGAGAGACACCACAUCGAAGACGCAGAAUUCUCCCAUGAUGAUUGUUUUUCCAUCAUCUCCAGAUCGUGGUUGUCCUCGACAUGUUCUGCGUGUAUGAUUUAGAGUCCGAGCUGGUGUCAUUUUUAUAUCCGAAAGGUGAACAUCUUCUAGGAACAAACAUAUACAGGGACCAUUAGCACUUCAUGCUAAUUUUGAAGUUUAAUUUGAGAUUAGCGUUUGAACCUUUACACCAUUUCCAAUAAUUGUUAAAAAUUGAACUUUGGACCACAUUUCAUUAUGUUGGAAUUUGAAAGUUGAUUAGCACUUA